AACAUGAGCGGCAACAACUUGGAUGAGAACGACGAGUUUGAUGAGCAGUUGCGAAUGCAAGAAUUGUACGGAGGCACUGAGGACGGCGACACCGAGAAAGAUCCCGGUGGAGAAAACGAUUCUUUCCAGCAGCAGCCGACUGACACCCCAAACGAGUGGGACCUGGACAAGAAGGCUUGGUUCCCCGAGAUCACUGAAGAUUUUAUUGCUACAUAUCAGGCCAAUUAUGGCUUUUCUAAUGACGGUGCGUCUAGUUCUACUGCGAAUGUCCAAGAUGUCAGUGCUAGGACUGCAGAGGAACCUCCACAAAGAAAAUCCCCCGAACCCAGUGAUACCAAAAAGAGGGGAGAAAAGAGAAAGGGUGAAUCAGGAUGGUUUCAUCCUGAUGAAAGCAGAGACACAAAUGUGUAUGUUUCUGGUCUGCCUCCAGAUAUUACAGUGGAUGAAUUUAUACAGCUCAUGUCCACGUUUGGCAUUAUGAUGACAGAGCCUCAAACAGAGGAAUUUAAGGUCAAGCUUUACAAAGAUAAUCAAGGAAAUCUUAAAGGAGAUGGACUUUGCUGUUAUUUGAAGAGAGAGUCUGUGGAACUUGCAUUAAAACUUUUGGAUGAUGAUGAAAUUAGAGGCUACAGAUUACAUGUGGAGGUGGCAAAGUUUCCACUGAAAGGGGAAUAUGACACCUCAAAGAAGAAAAAGAAGUGCAAAGACUACAAGAAAAAGCUGUCUGUGUGGCAAAAGCACUUGGAUUGGAGACCUGAGAGAAGAGCUGGCCCAUCCCGAAUGCGCCACAAGCGAGUUGUCAUCACCAGAAAUAUGUUUCACCCUUGCAUAUCUCAAACGAAUGUUCAAGAAGCCGCAACUGAAAUGGAAUUUGAAGAACCUACAGAUGAAAAGAAGUCUGAAAAAACAGAAGAUGGGGGAGAACUUGAAGAAGAUGCUUCUGAAAAAGAUGCUAAAGAAAGUGGCCCUGAAAAAGAGGCUGAAGAAGACUGUCCCCAAAAGGAAUCUGAAGAGAGCUGCCUCGAAAGAGUGUUUGAGGAAGGCUCUCCCAAAAGAGUGCGUGAAGAAGACUUCCCCGACAGAGAGUCCGGAGAACGCAGCCCCGAGAAAGAGCAUGAAGAGGGUAGUCCUAAAAAAAAGUCGAAAGAGAAUGGUGCAGAAAGAGAGCCCAAAAAGAAGAGACUCAAAACAGAUCCUGAUGAGAACGGCCUUGAGAAAGGUUUUGAGAAAGAGGGCUCUGAGAAGGAAUUUAGUGAAAACAUUCUUAAAAAAUAGGUAGAAGAAAAUAACUCUGAAAAAUCAGAAUUCGAAGGUAACAGCUCUGGGAAAAUGUUUGAUGAAGAAGGCUCUGAGAAGGCGUUUGACGAAGAGUCAGAUGAGAAGGAAGAAGAUUCCACUGAGAGAGGGACUGUGGGUGAUUCAGGGAAUGUUAAGGAGGAAGGGCCCCUGUCCACAGGCAGCAGCUUUGUCCUCAGUAGUGAUGAUGACGAUGAAGACGAUGAUGACGUUUAAUCCCUUAAACUUGCUUUGUAGGGUGAUUCCUCCAUCUCCGUUUUGCCUCUGCUCCAGGGUAAUUACUAGUAGUGUUACAUGAACGUGUGCAUAGAGGUAGGAUGCCCUCAGAUCAAUGCAGUGAAGUGUUCGUGAUUAUCUGUACUGGCCAAUUUUAAAUAUAUGUGAACAAGACAA